AUGCUCGUGUUUGGUCGAGCAGGAAUUGGAAAAUCAACAUUUUGUCGAUAUGUCGCUUAUCAAUGGGCAACAGGAAUAAUUUGGUCUGAAUAUGAAUUAGUUAUCCUUCUUCCCUUACGUUCUCUAACAGCAAAUCACUAUCCACCUGGCAUCACUUAUUCACUAAUUGACAUUGUGGAAAAAGAAUAUUUCUCUUGUCCCUCUUUAUCAGAAAAAGAUAAAAGUUUUUUGCAACAACAGUUUAAUAAAAGCCGCAUUCUAUGGCUGCUGGAUGGUUACGAUGAAAUAGUGCAAAAUAUACCUGCACAUUUACAACGUUUACUUGAACAGUUGUGUAAGGCUCCGCAUCACAUCAUUACAUCUCGUCCAUACAUGAACAGUUUGUCGUAUCCUAUGCAUAUGGAAAUUACAGGUUUCACCGAUGAAAACAUUCCCAACUAUAUCAACCAAUUUUUUGGUGAAGUAGAAAAUGGGUCACACUAUUCAUACACAGAACAUAACGGAGUACUAAGCUUUCUCAAACGGAAUCCUAGAAUUUGGGGUAUUGCACACAUUCCCAUCAAUCUAGAACUCAUUUGCAGUGUUUGGAGUAAUACAAACUGGUCAACAACAAAAAGAAUGACGAUGACAACACUGUACGAUAACUUAAUUGAAUGGAUUUGUCGUCGUUAUUUAGAGAAGCAACAAGGAACUCCAAUCGAAAAGAUUAAUUUAAUGUCUAAAAAGUGUGUUUAUGAAAACUGCAGGAAUGAACUGGCAUUCUUAGAAAGUCUAGCUUUUCACGCGAUGGAAAAUAACACUAUUCUUCUAGAUCCAAAAUUACUAGAAGAAGCCGAGAAAGAGACUAAUUGCUACUUAGAUGAGCAUAAAAAUUUACUUAACAUUGGAAUACUCAAAUCAUUCACUCAAUCUGGCGUUGGAACACGAAUCGAAGUAGUCAGAGACCAUCAUUUCGUACAUCUUAGCUUUCAAGAAUAUUUUGCAGCUGGUUACUUAGUCGAUGCUCUUCGACAUAACCACAAUAAAAAAGGAAUUGAAUUCAUUAAACAUCAAAAGUACAACCAAUGGUUUCGAUUAGUCUUUAUGUUUACGUCCGGCUUACUACAUGAGAGUCGUGACAACAAAAGCAUCGAUAUAUUCUGGAAUGCGGCUAUUGGUAAACCUUUGGAUUUAGUUGGUAUACGUCACAUGGACUUCGUAAUUUCAUGUUUUGACCAAGCAGAUGUUAAUCAAACUUUUGCUUGUUAUGAUCGACUGAUGCAUUCUAUUAUACGAUGGAUCGAACGAGCUUUCAGGAUAAAACAAGAUAUCUUACGCCAAGCUUUACUUCGAACAUUUCGAUUAUGUACUACAAUCUUAAACCAACCACCGAUUCAAACAACAUUGCUCAAAUUAUUAAAAAACGAACAAACAACCAAUAUCACUGAGAUGCUAUCAUUCAUAUCCAACAUACAAAUCAGCAAUCCUAUGCCGGCAUUGAUCGAUAAAGUUCUCCUCAGACUGAAACAUUCCGACUACCAUAUCAGAUGUAGUGCAUGUGAGGCUCUCCGUGCGAUGGGCACAAAAGCACCAACCACUGAGAUCAUCCGUGGACUUCUCGGUGCAUUUAAAGACGAGAACUUCUAUGUCAGAAUUAGUGCAUUUGAUGUUCUCCGUGAGAUGGGUGAAGAACCAGCAUCGAGUGAAGUGAUGAAUGGACUUAUCGGCGCACUUAAACACGACAACUCCGACGUCAGAAGUAGUGCAUGUGAUGCUCUCUGUGCGAUGGGUGAAAAGGCAGCAACGAGUGAGGUAAUCAGUGAACUUCUCGGCGCACUUAAAGACGAGAACUCUGACGUCAGAAGCAGUGCAUGUGAUGCUCUCCGUGCAAUGGGUGAAAAAGUAGCAACGAGUGAGGUGAUCAGUGGACUUCUCGGUGCACGUAAAGACGAGGAAUUCUAUUUCAGAAGUAGUGCGUGUGAUGCUCUCUGUGCGAUAAGUGAAAAAGCAGCAUCGACUGAGGUGAUCAGUGAACUUCUAAGCGCACUUAAAGACGCGAACUCCGACGUCAGAAAUAGUGCAUGUAAGGCUCUCCGUGCGAUGUGUAAAAAAGCUGCAUCGAUUGAGGUGAUCAAUGGACUUCUCAGUGCACUUAAAGACGAAGACUCGUAUGUCAUAUGUAGUGCAUGUAAGGCUCUUGGUGCGAUGGGUGAAAAAGCAGCAUUGAAUGAAGUGAUCAGUGAACUUCUUAGUGUAUUUAAAGACGGGGACUACUAUGUCAGACGUAGUGUAUGUGAUGCUCUGCGUGCGAUGAGCGAAAACGCAACAUCGAAGGCGACGAUCAGUACACUUCUCGUUGCACUUAAAGAGAAGGACUCCGAUGUCAAAAUUAGUGCAUGUGAUGUUCUCCGUAAGAUGGAUCAAAAAGCAGUAUCGAGUGAGGAGAUUAGUGAACUUCUGAGUGCACUUAAAGAUCAGAACUCCGAUCUCAGAAAUAGCGCAUGCGACACUCUUGGUGCAAUAGGCGAAAAAGCGGCAACGAGUGAGGUGAUCUGUGAACUUCUCUGUGCACUUAGAGACGGGGACUCCUAUCUCAGAAAUAGCGCAUGCUACACUCUCGGUGCAAUGGCUGAGAAAUUAGCAACAAGUGAGGUGAUCAGUCAAGUUAUGACCAUACUGGUUGAUGUAUGGGAGAUGAGUAGAAUCAACACCAGAGAUGAGUCGCAAGGUUUUCUUAGUUUGCUCUCUGCAAUAGCAGUGUUUUGUGACAAAAAAGACGUAGUUGUGGAUGCUGCAGGACCCUUUAAGAGGUGUUUUGAGACAAAUUUGAUUUCAGCACAGAGACUCUUGAAAGUUUAUAUGGAUACCGCUGACCCGAGAUGGCUACCUGCCGUUGUUGGUGCAUUUCUUGUCACUCAAAAUGCUGUUACCGUCGUCGGAAAUACAUUACUAGUUUAUGAAGAACAAGUGGUUGUCGAAAUACCAUUUACUCAGCACAAUUUGGUAGAUAAGCUUCACAAGGUAUUUGAUAAACAAUCGCUCAAAAUUGACUAUAAAGUUCGAAGAUGUUGCAGUUUACUAUGA